GCCUAGUCCCGAUCUGAGUCCUUUCUUGUAUCUAGCUCAAGUUUCUGGGUGAUCACAGGUGAAUCUAUGGUUUUUGAGACAACACCGUUUUUGGUAAUUACAAGCCUUGAGCUCCUGCCCUGAGCUCACAGGAUUUUAAUUAGUGACGUUGGAAACCCAGCCCCCUAGUCAGCAAAGCUACAAGGUGAACUGCUGGAAGAUCCCAGCUCUGCACACGUGGGGCAGGAGCCCUCCAGCUCUGUAGGAUCCAGAAGAGGAUGUCUCCCAGCCUCCGGGAAGGUGCUCAGCUCCGGGAAAGCAAACCCUCGCCCUGCUCCUUCUCAAUUGAGAGCAUUUUAGGACUGGACCAGAAAAAAGAUUGUGCAAAAAGACCCCACAGACCCUGGACAGACACCCGCGGCGACUCAGAGAAAGAUGGUAACCCAUGUCUACAUGCUCCAGAUCUUCCCAGGGAGAUUUCAUUUCCUUGUCCAGUGGAUCACCCAAAGCCAGAAGAAAGUGCUUUGAAAUACAAAAAUUAUUUUUCAGCCUCAGAAACACGCUCUUUAAAAAGGGAGUUGAGUUGGUACCGAGGACGAAGGCCAAGAACUGCUUUUACCCAAAAUCAGGUCGAAGUAUUGGAAAAUGUCUUCAGAGUGAACUGCUAUCCUGGCAUUGAUAUCAGAGAGGACCUAGCUCAAAAGCUGAAUUUAGAAGAGGACAGAAUCCAGAUUUGGUUCCAAAAUCGUCGAGCAAAGCUGAAAAGGUCCUGUAGAGAAUCACAGUUUCUAAUGGCAAAAAAACCCUUCAAUCCAGAUCUUCUGAAAUAGGUAGAAAAUUAUACAUGUGGGCUUCUCUUCCAGUUGUACCACACAAGAAAUCAAUGGAAAUUCCAAGUACUUAAAAUGUUACUGUUUCUCUCCUGUACCUAAUCUGAAUAUUGUUAUUCUUUAUGAAACUGUUGCAAAUAAUUAUGAUUCUAGCAUAGUACAUAUUAUAUCUGGACAUUUUUAGUUAUAAUGAAAAACCCUUUCCUAUAUAUUUUUAAUAAAAUUUUCCAGAAAUGA